UCUCUUUCAGUCGUCCGGGAAAGAGAAACACAAGAGAGGAAGGAUGACGAGUGUGCAGUCGUUCCUGGUCGGAAUAUGCGUUGCGAUACAGACUUCCGUAGCAUAUGAAUACAGCUACAUUGACCAGUUGCGUAUGGCACGCACGCAGGCAGACGGAGGUAACGCGACAGAAAUCUGUCAUCUUCCCAAGGCUGAAGGACCCUGUAACGGACACUUCCCAGUGUAUUACUUUGACGCGCAUCAAGGUCAAUGCAUUGAGUUCAUCUACGGCGGUUGCUAUGGAAACCUCAAUAACUUCGACACGUACUACGAAUGUAGGAAGACUUGCGCAGGACAAGGCGACAUUGCCGUUUGUUACCUAAAGCCGGAUAAAGGACCAUGCAAAGGAUACGUCCCGAGGUCUUACUACGAUCCCGAAACGAAAAGCUGCAAGAGAUUCAUCUACGGUGGUUGCCAUGGAAACGGGAACAACUUCGAUACGCAGGAUGGCUGCAUGAAGGCAUGCGCGAAAGAGAUACCAUAUAUCUGUCGUCAACCAAAGCAGCCAGGACCCUGCUUAGCCUACUUUGUGAGGUACUACUAUGACUCCGUCGAAGGUAUCUGCAAGGAAUUUAUCUAUCAAGGUUGUGAAGGAAACAGCAACAAUUUUAAGACGAUUGAGCAGUGCAACGUUACUUGCAGUGGCUGA